AUGGAGGGUGAGAAGGUACUUUUGAAAGUUUCGCAUAUGAAGGUUAUGAUGAGAUUUGGGAAGAAUGGCAAGUUGAGCUCGAGGCUUAUUGGCCUAUUUGAGGUGUUAGAGAGAGUUGGGGAGGUUGAUUAUAUGAUUGCAUUGCCUCCCAGCGUAGCAAGGGUACAUUCGAUAUUUCACAUUUGUGUGCUUCAGGUGUAUGAUGAAAACAAGUCGCAUAUAUUGGAUAUCAACAUAGUGCAGCUUGAUAAGAACUUGUCAUAUGAAGAAGAGCCAGUAGCUAUUGCAGAUCGGCAGUUUUGGAAGUUGAGAUCUAAGUAA